GAAUUACGAUGUGUGUAUUGAGCUACAUAUAUCUGACGAUGCCCCGUCGUGGGUGUCAUCAUUAGCAACCAGCCUCUACUAGCUCAAUGUCGGUCCAAGCUCCAGAAAUCCAAUACUAUCAUCACGGUAGAUUCAAAGUAGCAGGAGGAGUCCUUCCUGAUGCCAUCACUGCAUAUCAAACUUACGGUGAUCCCAAAAAUCCGUGUAUUGUUUUCCCUGCGUGUUAUGGCGCAAAGCUGACACUUGGAUUUCAGAAUCAUCUCGUGGGAGAAGGAAAAGUACGUUCUCAAAUCCAGUAUGGCCCCAAUGUAACGAGUAACUUAGUCAACAAGGCACUCGACCCUAGAAAUUACUUCAUAGUCACCUUUGCUUUGUUUUGUAACGGAGAGUCCUCUUCACCUUCCAAUACACCAUCCCCAUAUAAUGGUCCAUAUUUUCCACAUACAUCCUACGAAGACAAUAUCCGAGCACAGUACAGUGUCUUGACUAAAGGACUAGGCGUAGAUAAAGCUUUUUGUGCCCUAGGCUUUUCUAUGGGUGGCCAACAAGCAUAUCAUUGGGCAGUGAUGUAUCCAGAGUUUGUGGAGAGAAUUAUAGCUAUUUGCUCAUCCGCUCGGACGAGCCCACAUAACAGAUGUGUACUGGAAGGCCCUAAAGCAGCCAUGCUAGCGUCAAAAGAUUAUGAUGGAGGGCACUACACUUCGCCCCCUCAGCACGGAUUGCGUGCGUUUGGGCGAGUAAUGUGCGCUUGGAUGUAUGGGCAAACGUGGUUCAGGCAACAAAGGUACACGCUGAACGGAAACUACUCAGACCUUGAAAGCUUUAUGAAGGGAGAAGGGGAAGCUAAUUGGCUCCAAAAUUGGGAUGCGAACGAUAUGAUGGCGCUCCUUGACACAUGGCAAAAUGGUGACAUCUCCCAAGUUCGGGAUGGUGGAGAUUACAAGAAAGCCCUCAGGAGCAUCUCAGCGAAGGUUCUUUUGCUUCCAGCCAGGACAGACCUAUGUUUCCCUCCCGAAGACAGUCAGAUAGAAGCGUCUUACCUGCAAGAUGUCAAAUUGCGCAUUAUAGACACUGACUGGGGUCACAAUGCUGGCGGUGGUGCAAACAUUACUGACGUAGAAUUCGUCUCAGCGAACAUACGAGAGUUUUUGAACUAGUACUUGAGAUUAGUGGCGAUCUAUUCAAGUUUGCGUGGCAUCAUAAAAAUGUACUGUAAACACAUGCUCACUUUUCGCUAUUCAAGACACAGUGUCCAAA